CGCCUCCGCCAAUACUGCGAGGAGCAUCGCCAGGCCAACAUGAUCCAGCCGGGGCUUGAGCGGAUCUCCUUGCUGCUGAAACACACACAAGCCCGAACCCUCCACCCGUGGAAGGCCAUACAUGUCGCCGGCACUAACGGAAAAGGCUCCAUCUGCGCCAAUGCAUCUGCACUACUACGACGCGCGAAUGUGCGGUGUGGCCGCUUCACCUCACCCCAUCUGAUAGACCGAUGGGACUGUAUCACCAUCGACGAUGUGCCUGUCAAGCAUAAGCUCUUCCGUGAGGUUGAGGACAGCUACCUCCAGUACAAUGCUAGCGAGGGCAUCAAGGCCUCCGAGUUCGAGAUCCUCACCGCCACCGCUUUCGACAUCUUCGGGCGCGAGAACGUCCAAGUCGGCGUUGUCGAAGUCGGCAUGGGCGGCCGUCAAGACGCUACCAACGUGCUACAGGCGCCCCUUGUCACCGUGAUUUCCAAAAUCAGCCUGGACCACCAGUCGUGGCUGGGGAACACCAUACAAGAAAUCGCCAGAGAGAAAGCUGGCAUUCUAAAACCCGGCGUGCCCUGUGUCGUCGACCACACCAACGACGACGCAGUCAAAAACGUCAUUGAAGCUGUUGCCAAAGAAGUUGGCGCCGGUCCUAUCCUGUACACGAACUCGAUAGACAAUGAGAUGGCGACCUUCCCUGGCUGGGGGGACAUCUUCGAUUCGAUACUCCCCCAUCAACGAGUCAACACCAUCUCUGCCUAUCUCGCUGUCCGCCAGACCCUGGAGUCUCUCGGAUUGCCCAAAUUAGAGGCAACAGAAGUUGCCCCUGGCCUGAAGGACGUCGUUUGGCCGGGACGUUUGCAGAAACUACAGCUGGAUCCUAUCAUCAAGACAGAUACACCGAUUCUCCUGGAUGGCGCCCACAAUGCAGACUCUGCCCGAGUCCUAGGCGACUGUGUCAACGAGAGGUUCCGACAGAACAGCGAAAGCCUACAAGAAUGGGCCGACGCGAGAUCCUACCCAGACGCCAGCUUCGUGACUUGGAUUCUCGCAGUCACCGAAGGCAAAGACGCCGAGGAGAUCCUUCGACCUUUACUCAGGCCUGGUGAUACCGUCAUGACAGUUGAAUUUGGACCUAUUGAGGGGAUGCCCUGGGUGCGACCGAUGGAUAGCUACAAGCUGCUCCAGGCUGCCCGCACCGUCUGCGAUGGAAUAGCAGUUGAAAGAUCCUUCGGGAAGGAGCUCGUCGCAGCGCUACUCCAAGCGAACUACUUUGCGUGCCACGUUGACGCUCAUAAACUCAUGCCUAGCCCCAACCGACCGAUCGUGAUUGCUGGGAGUUUGUAUCUGGCAUCCGACAUCCUCCGCCUACAGCGAGAUUACGACCCGACUGACGAGCACGUUAUAAAGCAAAGGAAUGGAUACAAGAGGUUCUUGUCAUUCCAGGUGCCUUAUGAGUCAGAUGAAAAAGAUUCUGAGAGCGACUAUGACCCUGAAGGAGACUCUAGUCCUAAAAGGGGAGCAUCAUCCAGAGGUAGAGGCAGAGGCAGAGGAGGACGAGGAAGAGGAAGAGGGAGAUGAGCCAGAGUAAUAUGGUGGUUGAAGAACGAAAUUCUUUUUUAUGGUGGAUUUCUCAAUGGAGGAUUGAAUAAUCACUAUCGUUCAGCGAACAGGUACUAAGGAUUCGAGUGGAGCCGUUUAGAUGGGGAGGACUCGGAUAAACUCACUUCACAAGCGACGGGACAUGUUUUGAACCGCAACUUUGCCGCACUAUUUCGCGGACUCCGCAUCGUUGGGAUAACAUGCACCGCUCUCCUCUUUAAACAUACCAUCGCCAGGGAAUCAAUCACGCGUAACGAAAGGCGCCAGUAAGUUCAUCACGUAGAUCUCAACAUCCUCAAUUCAUUGGCUACG